UACUCUGGGAGCUGAGCUUGUCUUGGAGUGAUGCUCCGGACAGCUGUCCUCUCAAGGAUAUCUGGUUGCAAAGGGAAUUGGGAUCUUUUUAUGUUUUUCUGCCUCCGGGUCAGCUGCAGCAUUUGUCCGUCCCCGUGCAAAGGGAAUUCGUCGCCUCCACAAAAGCAGCGCGGGUUACCUUGAGCCUCCUGUGCUGGCGGGGAGCGCGGGGCUGAGUCAGUGCUGGCUGCCGAGGGCUGUGACUCAGUGCUGUCCCCUCGGAUGCGUGUCCAGCCCGCUGCCAACAGAGCCAGGGAAUAACCUGAUUACAGAAGUGUUCUCUGUUGCAGAAUCAGCAUGUGUCUCCAAUAGUUAAAAAGACAGAAGCAGUCUCCGCCAGCCAAGAAACCAGCAAAAAUAUUUCACAAUGGAUGUAGACGAUGAAGAAAACAUGAGUUCGAGCAGCACUGACGUUAAAGAAAACCGCAACGUGGACAAUGUUCCCCCCAAGGACAGUGGUGGGCAAGGCGCCGGGGAGGGGAUGCAGCUCUCCAACGGUGGUGGCAGCAGCAGCAGAAAGCGUCCUCUGGAGGAGGGCAACAAUGGCCACUCCAAAUUUCGCCUGAAGAAGAGGAAGAAAACACCCGGCCCUGUUCUGCCAAAGAACGCCCUGAUGCAACUUAAUGAGAUUAAACCCGGUUUACAGUACAAACUCCUCUCCCAGACAGGGCCGGUCCACGCCCCCAUGUUCGUGAUGGCAGUCGAAGUCAACGGGCAGGUAUUUGAGGGGUCUGGCCCGACAAAAAAGAAGGCCAAGCUUCACGCUGCCGAGAAGGCUCUGCGGUCUUUCGUCCAGUUUCCAAAUGCCUCAGAAGCCCACCUGGCAAUGGGGAGGACUCUGUCGGUCAACACGGACUUCACCUCCGACCAAGCCGACUUCCCCGACACCCUUUUCAACGGGUUCGAAACACCGGUCCCUUCCGAUGCUUCCUUUUACCUAGGGUCCAAUGGGGACGGGUCCUUUAGCUCUAGUGGAGACUACAGUUUGCCGUCAUCUGCCGUAGCCAGCAGCCUUUCCCAGUCUCCUCUUCCUGCGCCAUCGCCCUACCCCUCCGCCAGCGGGAAGAACCCUGUCAUGAUCCUCAACGAGCUGCGGCCGGGGCUGAAGUACGAGUUUCUCUCAGAGAGCGGGGAGAGCCACGCCAAAAACUUUGUCAUGGCUGUGGCGGUGGACGGUCAGACUUUUGAAGGCUCAGGAAGGAAUAAAAAGCUGGCAAAAGCUCGGGCCGCUCAGUCAGCCCUGGCAUCCUUGUUUAACAUGCAGCUGGACCAGACUCCAUCUCGACAGCCCAUUCCCAGUGAGGGGCUUCAGUUACACUUGCCACAGGUUUUAGCUGAUGCUGUUGCACGCUUGGUUGUAGAUAAAUUCAGUGAUUUGACAGAAAAUUUCACAUCUCCACAUGCACGUAGAAAAGUCCUUGCUGGAAUUGUCAUGACAACAGGUACAGAUGUAAAAGAUGCCCUGGUAAUAAGUGUUUCUACAGGAACAAAAUGCAUCAAUGGUGAAUACAUGAGUGAUCGUGGUCUUGCAUUAAAUGAUUGCCAUGCGGAAAUUAUAUCUCGCCGGUGCCUGCUGAAAUUUCUGUAUACACAACUUGAGCUUUAUCUAAGCAAUAAAGAAGAUCAACAAAAAUCCAUUUUUAUCAAAUCGGAGCGAGGCGGGUUUAAGCUGAAGGAGAACGUGCAGUUUCAUCUCUAUAUCAGCACAUCUCCUUGUGGCGAUGCUAGGAUUUUCUCACCACAUGAAGCAGCACAAGAGGAUCAAGGGGACAGGCAUCCAAACCGCAAAGCGAGAGGACAGCUACGGACAAAAAUAGAAUCUGGGGAAGGGACCAUCCCCGUGCGCUCUACUACCACUAUCCAGACGUGGGAUGGCGUAUUGCAAGGAGAAAGGCUACUUACCAUGUCCUGCAGUGACAAGAUAGCAAGGUGGAACGUAUUGGGUAUUCAAGGAGCCUUACUUAGCCUCUUUGUGGAGCCAAUUUACUUCUCUAGCAUCAUCUUGGGGAGUUUAUAUCAUGGGGAUCAUCUAUCCAGAGCCGUAUACCAGAGGAUAGCAGAGAUAGAAGAUCUACCACCUCUUUAUACACUCAACAGACCUUUACUUAGUGGUAUUAGCAAUGCAGAAGCCCGUCAACCAGGGAAAGCACCAAACUUCAGUGUGAACUGGACAGUAGGAGACACUGGUCUUGAAGUUAUUAAUGCUACAACCGGCAAAGAUGAAAUGGGUCGUGCAUCUCGCCUUUGUAAGCAUGCUUUUUACAGCCGCUGGAUGCGUAUUCAUGCAAAGCUUUCCUCUAGCUUGCGCUCAAAGAUCAAGCCUAAUCUGUACCAUGAAACCAAGCAAGGAGCCACCGAGUAUCAAACUGCCAAAGAGUGUUUGUUUAAAGCAUUCCUGAAGGCAGGACUUGGAGCCUGGGUGGAGAAGCCCAUAGAACAGGAUCAGUUUUCUCUCACGGUCUAAUUCACAGACUGCACAUCACUUUGGAAAGGGGGUUGUUCUGGAAAUUCCUGGUGUCCAGCAUUGCUUUCUGGCAUCUCCGCAGCCAUCAAAACAUCUUUUUACUGUUUGGAGUUGGGUUUUUUCCCUUUGUUUUUCUGAAACUUCAUAGUAACUGUUUCUGUUUUGCCUAAGUAUUGAAACUCAGUGAUGAUCUGACACAUAAUUGUAUAUUUUGUUAUGGGAAAGUAAUUUCUGGUGUAUUUCUAGAAAUACUUUUACUGUAGAAAACUUGCAGUAAGGCUGUCCUUACAGUAUGCAAUGACUCAUUUUUUCUGGGUUAAAAUAAUUUCUUUUUUUAAUUCAAUGUCAUCAAAUGCAUGAAGAAAUGAAAGUUUCUCUAGGUUUUACACCACACUUUUAGGAAGUAGAUUAAUUUUUUUAAAAGAAAAUAGGUGACAAAGCUGAUUCUACUCCUCUGUUAACUUGUUUUUGAACUGCAGAUAUUUCUAGCAUAUAGCCCACAGAGCCAGAAUGGAGUCUGGACAGCUAGUUUUUCCCCACUUCCUUGCUCUUUAAAACCAGCUGCUGAAAAUUUCAUGUCUUUGAUGUAUGUAUUUAUUAGUCUGUGACCCAGUUUUUAACAUGCAGCUUUUUAUUCUGUUUUUAAAAAUACAUUUACCUCCCAUUUACACACAUUGUGAAGUCUUCAUUUUUUUUACCAUUGUAAACUGGAAACAGCAAAAUAAUUAUUUGUAAGUUAAGAAGUUUAGUCUAUAAUGUGCAGAAACCUGUUUAGAAGUAGGUGAUUUGUAUAUCCCAGGAACUCAUCAGAAUACAAUCGUAACUGUAACAGUAAUAUGACAACUUAAAAAAAAAAAAAAAUUGCUCAUUUUAAGGGCACUAAGCCUGAAUUGCCAAAACUAGUCACUUGCUGGGUAUUAAUUGUUCUCUUCUUGGAAAUGAAAAGCUCUUGUAUGGACAGAAAGUUGUUAAAACUUCUUUCCUGUGAGUUACAUCUGCUUUCACCCAAGUUGUUGUGUCUCUGAGAUUUCAUUGACUUUUGACUUUACACGUGUGAUGGUCUUCAUGAAGCUAAUUAGGUAAGUUUCUCUCAAACGUGCUUUCAUUUGCUUUCACAAUUACUUAGAAAGGUGUUUUUCCUAAAGGUGUAGACACUUCUGCUUUAUGUAAAAAUGUAAGAUAGAAGGGAAAUACUGUGAGAUCAGUUUGAUUAACUGGUGUAUAGAAGGCACUUUUAAAAACACCUUUUAGUACAUGAUGUUUAGGAGUGGAUGAAACAAUGUCUGGUAUCACUUCUCUGCGCACAUGGCGUGUGUCCAAACACAUCCCUUGGCUUAUGCCCAUCCAACUAUCACCUGUGCUUUCUGAAGAGCAUCUCAGAGAUCCUUUGUGUUCCCUUUGCAAAUGAUGAAGAUGAUGUUUCGUGACAUGGGAGUCCGCCUGACAAAACCAAAUCAGUGCACCACCGCUCCAGCUGUUGGUUCCUGUCGCUCCGCUCCGCCGCCCCUUGCUUGUGCUGCACGGGACAUCAGAUCAGCAGGCUGGUCCGUGCUUUGAAGUCAAGUGUUGCUUUUAGACCCACAUUGGGUCAGAGAUCCAGUUCAGAGUUGUGCCGGCGCAUCCGCGGAGGCAGUGGAGUGGAGCGUGGGUCCCUUCACCCAGCUUCAUGGCCAAAGCCUGUGUAUCAUGAAGCCGUAACUGGAGUUACUGUACCUCAGCCCCAGCAUCUCCAGGGGUUUAGCGAAUACUUGGGGCGUUGGAGACUUUGAUGUAAAACCACUUCUGGCCAAUCCUGAAUGCCAAGGAGGUGUGCUGCUUCGUUAUUGCUCAAGUAGGAACCUGUUUUCAACUUCAAAAAAUGAUCAAGCCUGAAAAUCACUUGUGCAUUAGUUGAAGCUUCUGGGUUAGUGUCUUGGAAGUAAUGCAUUGAGGUACAAACAAUGCAUUUUUGGCAGUAUUGUGGAUAAUAGCAAGCACUGCUGUGGGAAGGCAAGCAAUUCUGUGGCCUAGUGAUCCCCUCGGAAGAGACUGUGAUGCUUCCAGAGGUGACUGCCUUUUCCAGACACCAGAGGAGCAAAUGUUGCAAGCUGCAAUAGACAGGCUGUGUUAAUUCAGCUUUGUUGGCGACUUAAGCCAUCCUAUCCACUUCUUGUUAAAACCAAAAGUGCUCCCAUGGCCUCUACAAGCCCGAGAAGGCUUUUGCGGUCGUCAUCUGACUGAGGCUUAGACUGACCUAUUCUAAAACUAAGAGGAAUUUAAUUGUAUGUGGUCAGAUUUUGCAAGCACUCGGCCAUCUGCCUUUGAGAUCAACCUUGUCUCGUUCACGUUGCAGAAAUUCUGUUGUGGCUGUAGUUGAAUACAUGCAUACGUUUCUGCAGGAUCAAGGGAAAGCUGGUCACACCGUGUGCAUUUUCUUGGGAUCAUUACUGCUAUUAGAUGAAAUACACAUUUUUAAGGGGCUCAGUCUAUUGAUAAAUGAAGUCUGUUGAUAAUUUCCAGCAAAUUAUUGUUACCCAUCUUCCUGAAGCACUCAAUCAAAAGUUGGUGUGUCUCUGGAUUUUUUUGAUGACUAGGAAAGUAUUAGCUCAAACUAUUUUUUUUAUGAAGUCACAAAUAUGAGCAAUAUAUUUAAGUAUUAUUAUAGACAUAGUUUUUUAAGCUGUUUGAAUGAACGAUUAAAAUUAAACUGUAAAGGAAAUAUGUUCCUUGCCAAAACCUUUUGACGAAGGAAUGGUGUCAGGUUAUUUAUGAGGAAUGAGUUCUCUUGUUUAUAAUUCUGGGAUUUUAAAAAGUAAGAAGUUUUCCAGGGUUGUAUGCAAUCCAUAUCUGUCUUCUGGGAGUCAAUAAAAUACUGCUUGGCUUCCUUCACUUGCUUGUUCCUUUUUGUGCAGCUAAUACGUGGGAAAGUGGGGAGGCAGAGUAGUGAUUGCUGAUGCUCCUGUGUUCCUCACAAAUCACCAUCACCGAGCAAGAAUGGAUAGCGAUGUAUAUAAUUUCAAGUGACUGCAAAAGAUAAGACAGCUCGGCUUCCGGUAGCUGCUGAACAUUGUGGCUGACCUUUCUGUUGGGAGCGGUGGGUUGGGAGGCUGAGCAGUCUUGUCUGAAAAGCCUGGGCUGGCAGGGUGGGAGCUGGUCUGCACAGGGACUUGCAAUGCUGCUCUGGGAGCUGCUUUGGUUCUUUCAAUUAUUUAUUUUUUUUUUUUCCUUAUUUUUGAUUGAAUAUGAGUAUUUGUCUCAGGAUCUUCAAAGGACUUAAAGAGUAACAACUUCAAUGUUGAUGAAUACUUGAAAUCUAAUUUAAGGUGUUUUUCUCCAGAUGACAGUCUAGCUAUAAUAAAGUUUGUAGGUUAGUAAAAUAGAUAAUUUUAAAUAUAAAUGUUUGAAAUAUAUAUGUUCUGCAGGAUCAUUUUAAGAAAAUUUGGGCCUAAAGGUUAACACUUGGAAUAUUGGUUAUGGCUGUACUCAGGACCUGGUAAUAACUAUAGAUUAUUUCUUACCACUUGUGUGUGAAGCAUAUCGUGUGUAGGAGCUUGUUAGCAACCGUUCUCCCCCAACGGCGUGGAUGUCCACGUAGCUCUCGCACUUGCAGACCCCGCUCGUCCUCAUGUAGCUAGUGACGGCAAUCGUGACUGUGCGUACUUAAGAAUGUACAGUUGGCAAUUUUGAUCUUCUCCUCAUCUUAGAGAAAUCUUUUCAUGACUGGUUACCGCAUAGGAAACUCAGGAGUAGAAGAUUUUUGUGUGCUAUUACUCUGUAUGUCCUCUAAAUCUAAAAUAAUUUGCAGCUGGAAGUCUAAGAUCUCAGAGCUGCUGUUGCAUUUCAUCAAUCCAGUUCUGUGAUGUCUAAGAGUGCCGUCGACCCAAGGGGAAAAAAUAAAUCUUGUCCUGCUGUCUCGGUGAAAACGUGCAUGAAAUAAAGCUCUUGGUUCAGAGUGCUUGGUAGCACAAAGCAGAGCAUGUGUCUCAUGGCAGAGUAGUGCUGCCUUUUGAAAACAAGCUGUCUUUUUAAAAAAAUAACCAACCAGGAAUUGAGAAUCAAUUAUAAGAAUUGCUCGGUUGUGGUCACCACAUAAUUGAGAUUUUUUUUUUUUUUUUUUUAAAUAGCAAUGGUUUUCUAAAUAGCAAAAAUAUUGCCAUUCCUUAAAUUAGGCUUUAAUGCUUGGGAGGCUUACGCUUGCAGAGAAGCUGCACUUUGAAUUCUUUGCAUUUGUAUCAUCAUAAAAUGCUCACUGUGAAAAUUUUCCCAAAGUUUACUGACAAGGAAGAAGAGCUGGAAUUCAGGUAUACAGUCAGAACACAAAUGUCUAGUGCUACUUAAAACCUAAGAACCCACAGAAAUAAAAUGUAUAAAAUAUAAUUAUCCUGUCUCAGAAUCGCCAUGUGUUUUUUAUUCUUUGUGGUUUGUUGGUUUUUUUCUGCCACCAAGUGAUUUCUGUUGAGUUUAAAAGAUUUCAUCUUCUCUUAGUGCGCUCCUGCUUGGAGAGGAGUUGAUGUUUAUCCCAGGGUUACCUAGAGCUAACAGAGGCACGGGUUUUGAAAGGGACACAAAGUGGAUUUUGGAAGGGACACUGGGCUUGGGGCCGGGAAGGGGCUGGUGCAGGGGCAGGUUCCUGCUACACCCUGGUGCGGUGGCCUGGGCUUGGUCCCUGUCCUGCUUGGGGGUUCAGUGGAGACGGCCGUUGGCUCCGUCCUGCGUGCUACAGCUGUGACUGAGUCAGCAUCUGACUGAAGCAGGAGGAGGAGAGAGACAUUAAAAUUGCUGCUUUCUCUAGUUCCUAAAGCAGAAAGGAUGACGUGGGACGUGAUUUCUGCUCCCUCCUGCUCUCUGCUGGAGAGGCCCUUAGGCAGGAGACAGGGAGCGUGGGCCAAACAAAUUGUCUGCUCGGCAGCAGGCACUUCCCAGCCCCGGCCUUUCCCAGAGACAUCCCAGCACAGGCGGGCCCCAGCUAUGUGUAAUUCUGAGGCUUUUAGGGUGCAUUGGGCUUACUGCCAUUCCUUUAUGGAAACAACUGGUCUGGAGUAUUUGUAACAAUUUUGGGUUGAGCCCCAAGGAAGAAAGUUGCGUGGGUCUCUGUGGUUGGGUAUUUACAUCCACAGGAUGCAUGGUAUUUCAUCACUAGGCAGGUGAUGCGCGUCUCUAAAACACACCCAGGUGGAAAAAACAAAGGCCCCUACGUACAUGCACGAGCAUCACAUGCCUAAGCUGUGAUGGUGCUUCUGAUAAAAUUUCUUCUUUCAUUGUUUCUGUUGAGCUGGUUGUGGUAGGAAGGAUGCAGUCCAAUGGGGGCUGCAAAAACCGAGCUGUGGCUGAAAUCCUGAACCUGUCAGAGUUGGUGGAGAGCAGAUAGGACCUGAGUUUCUCCUUGGAUCAUGUCAACAUACGGUGUUUUUCAGAACCUUUGCAGCCAAAGGUCUGUCCUGUUGCCUGUUAAUAAAUGGGCAGUUAGUUGUGCCAACAGCAUUUGCAUGUGCAGGAAUGAGUUUUAUGAGUAGCUAUGUUUUGUUUUCUUCAGCCAUUCCAGAAAAGAGGAAUUAAGAGCUGUGUUUGCUGUCAGUCCCAAGGGCAGCUGGCCUUGGCAGGUGUCACGAUUUAAAGAAUUUCUGUUCUCUGGAGGGAAAGAUCCACAACCGAGGUGACUGCAAUAUUUUUUCCUUUUUUAAUAUCUUCAUCAUUAUCAUACCAAUAUCAUUUUUGUUGUAGUUCAGCUGAGAUGUCUUUAACGAAUUUAAGAUCAAAUGUGUGUGUGAAUAUGUAUUUAUACAUAUAUAUAUAUUGCUGUAUAUUAUUAGCAUUAAGCAGUUAUUCUUCCCCAAUCUUCCUCUGUGACAGUGUGAAUACAUUAGCUUUACCUACCUGGUGUAAGGAUAUUGAAGAACACUCUCAGAUACUGUCCUCAACAUUCACUUUCUCCAUUCAUAGUCCCAACUUUGAAGACGAGACCUCGUUUUACCUCUGGUUUGUCGCUUUCCUUACAGCACACUUGUUUCUAUCCCGGUGUCACUGCUGAAGCACAACCCAUCGGUCGAUUAUUCUAAGCAAUGACUGUUUUGCAUACUACCUUGCUUUGUUUAAUUAAUGUUUGUACAGAGAUUUGAAAAUAUAAAGAGCUAUAUCAUU